AUGCUCAAUGGAGCGCCUUUGCGCAACCAUCUAGAGUUUAACGAGGACACACUUUUGGCAGUCGAGGAUUGCCGUCCCUUUGAUGCAGCAACAAGUGUCUCUACACCUGCAAAUGAAUCCACACCGGCUUUGAAGUGGCGCGGACUGCCUCUCAAGAACCCUCGGCUCCAGACUGGAUGGUCACAACCUUUUCUCCCAGGAAAUGUUCGAGGUCAAGACAUAUCAGACGUUUCGCUGCCCAAUGUGAGUCGGUAUCCGUCUUUCUUACAAGAAGAUACAACGCACUUGGAUACAUCUAUCGCCUUUGAGGAUACGUCACUCGCCACACCUGGCUAUCUUGAGCAUUCGCUCGUCUUCCACGACACGCUACUGUCGUCUCAGGUCCUGCCAGACGGUAUAACAGAUAAGAGCGUCAGCUCCUCAUCCUUCUUGACUACUUCUUUCGGAACUACUCUAUCGGACUUUGACAGCCCAAGCAAAGUCGAUGAGCAUACACUACUCGUCAAAGUCGCGCCCAAGAUGAGUAUCACGCCUCUUGGAUUGUUACCUAACGCACAGCGUCUACGAGCGAUCUACCCGCAAACUCCAACACCAAACUUCUUAUGCGUUGUGACAGCGACUCCGGAACAAAAAGAAGUCUUCGUUCGGAAGGGCGGAUACAAGAUGAAUCUAUGGGAGAUCAUCGUUGCGGAUGAUACGCGCUCAGACUUCAAGGUCACGUUCUGGCUGCGUCCACCCCGAGAGUCAAACAACGAACAAAACCACGUUCAAACCCAACUACUGCAGACACUAGAGAGCAUCAAAGUUGGCGACAUUCUGCUUCUGAGGAACAUUGCGUUGACAUCGUUCGGUGACACCGUCUUUGGCCAAUCUCUGAACCCGGCCAUCACACGGGCUCGAACGACUAUUGAUGUCUUGACGAGAAGCAACGGUGUAUCAGCUGCCCAACUGGGUGGGCUCCCGGUGCCAGUAAUCGAAGUUUUCAAGAGAGUCAAAAGCCAGGCGAAACAACUCGAGGACACGAAACGCACUCUCACAGCGCGUGAUAUCGAUGACUCCAUGCCUCCCGACACUAUGGAAAGUGUAUGA